CCCGUCCUGCACGCCACCGCGCGCCGAACAUACACACACUCUUUCUCUCUAUCUCUUACAAACACACACACACACACACCCUCCUGUAUAAACGGCAUCUGCCUGUACACAGACUCUCGCAUUCUUACCCUCCCUCUCAUCUCUCAUGUGCGCGCGCUGUCAUUAACGCACGCACGCACCGCGGCAGCGCACACCAGACGCGCUCGAGCACACGGUUCGGUUCGGACAUGAUACCGGCGCGGACCCGGAGAUGAGGCUCAGAAAUGGCACCUUCCUAACAGUCAUAGUAUUCGGGUUAUGUGGGUUUAUAUCGUUAUCCUGGUACACCGCAUUCAGCAAUUCCAAAGGUAAUGUCGUAGACAUCUAUCAGCGUGAAUUUCUGGCGCUGAGAGACCGUCUGCACUCCGCGGAGCAGGAGAACCUCAAACGCUCCAAAGAGCUCAACCUGGUGCUGGACGAGAUCAAGCGAGCCAUCGCUGAGAAACAAGCGCUGCGGGACAUCAACCGCACCUGGAGCAGCCUGUCAGAUGAGACCAAGCUGAAGUUGUGGAACGUGACCAGCAGUAAGAAUGUUCUUCAGCUGCCCAGCAUCUUCCACCAUCUGCCACACCUGCUGGCCAAGGAGACCAGCCUCCAGCCGGCCGUGCACAUCGGCCAGGGCCGCACCGGAGUGUCGAUAGUGAUGGGGGUGCCCAGUGUGAAGAGAGAGGUGCACACUUACCUGACGGACACGCUGACCUCGCUGAUGUCAGAGCUGAGUCCGGCCGAGAAGGAGGACUGCGUGAUUGUCGUCUUCAUCGCGGAGACGGAUCAACAAUAUGCAAAUAGUGUUGCUGAAAACCUUAAGCGCCUGUUUCCCGGAGAGAUUCAGUCUGGGCUGUUGGAGAUCAUUUCUCCCUCCGUCCACUUCUAUCCAGACUUCUCUCACCUCAAAGAGUCGUUUGGUGACCCUAAAGAGCGGGUCAGGUGGAGAACGAAGCAGAACCUGGAUUACUGCUUCCUGAUGAUGUACGCCCAGACUAAAGGAACCUAUUAUGUACAGCUAGAGGAUGACAUUGUUGCACGGCCAAAUUACUUCACCACGAUGAAGAAUUUCGCCCUGCAGCAGCCGUCAGAGGAGUGGAUGAUUCUAGAAUUCUCCCAGCUGGGCUUCAUCGGGAAAAUGUUCAAGUCAUUAGACUUGCCGCUGAUCGUGGAGUUUAUGCUAAUGUUCUACAAAGACAAGCCCAUUGAUUGGCUGUUGGACCACAUCAUGUGGGUGAAGGUGUGCAACCCAGAAAAAGACGCGAAACAUUGUGACAGGCAGAAAGCAAACCUACGCAUCCGCUUUAAACCGUCUCUCUUCCAGCAUGUUGGAACACACUCUUCCCUCGCUGGAAAGAUCCAGAAACUCAAGGAUAAGGACUUCGGGAAGCAGACGUUGCAUAAAGGUCACGCGAACCCGCUAGCUGAGGUCACCACCAGUCUGAAGACGUACCAGCACUUCACGCUGGAGAAAGCCUAUCUGGGCGAGGAUUUCUUCUGGGCGUUCACACCUGUGGCGGGAGACUUCAUCCGCAUCCGCUUCUUCACGCCUGUCCGUGUGGAGAGGUAUUUCUUCCGCAGUGGAAACAUCGAGCACCCUGGAGACAAGCUCUUCAACACUACAGUGGAGGUUCUUCCUUUCGACAAUAUUCAGUCGGAGAAAGAAGCACUGAAGGAGGGGAGAGAGAAGACGCCGAAGUACCAGCGCACAGAAGACGGCUUCAUCAGAAUAGGGAAGUUUGAGAACGGGAUCGCGGAGGGCGAGGUGGACGCUUCCUUCGGCCCGCUGGAGGCUCUGCGGCUCUCGGUGCUGACCGACUCUCCUGUGUGGGUCAUUCUCAGCGAGAUUUUCAUCAAGAAAGCCGAGUGAUGAUGUUCAGCAAUACCUCACGUGUUCAGCAGCUCUCUGGUGCAGGAUGGCGUCUGCUCAGCACCUCCACAGGAGCUCCUCACACCAGUUUCUUUAGCUUGGUCCAACAGCGCCCUCUGCUGGCGACAAGCUGUUACAGCAGGGCAGAGAAUGCCAGACGGUGGCUGAUGACGGACACACACAGACACGCAGCUCGUGCCGUCAGACGCGCCGCUCCUGCUGAUGACGACUGUCUUUUGUAAACUGUAUUUAUAUGUAUAUAUGCCCAUGGCUGAGCUGAUGUAAUUACACUGGUAUGUUGUCAAGGGCUUCCUGGACGGAGAAACUUUGACAUUCAACUAAUGCUGCUUUGGAAUGGAAGACUCUUCUUGAUUUCCUACUCGAGAUUUGAUUUUCAAAGUUCAGUUUGUGCUGUUAAUUAGUUGACAAAUGCUUCUGUUUAGGCUACUCCAAAUGGUGUGUAUUUAUUGUAUUUAUGAGGAUACAUUAAGAGUACACACACGUGAUAGAUGCGUGUUAGUUCCUCCAGAUCGGCCCAAAAGAUCCCUGAUGAUGAACGAGAGACGUUAUUGUAACUAGAGUAUGCUGCAGAACUCUUCUUCUUAUAAUUAAAAGGAAAACAAGAGGGAAGCCUUCGGAACGUUUUAUUUAUACAUGUAUUUUUUAUUAUUAUUAUUAUUAUCAUUUUUUACUUUCCAGACACAUUGCAAUAUGUUUUUUCCCUCUUCCUGCCUUAAUGUGACGCAGACACAGUGCUGAUGUGAGCGGAAACAGAUCUAUAACAUCAGACAGGGAACGUUCUCAGAAUGUUCUCUCAAAGUUAUGAGCAAACGUUCUUCCAGUAACGUUAAUAGAAUGUUUGUUUAAGGUUAUCUGGUCUCAAAAUGUUAGUACAAAACCAUUAUUUAUAGAUCUUUUUUUCCCGAAACAUUUUAUUUGGAUGUUCAUCUAACGUUUUUUAAAUGUUUGGCUACUCCUUGUUACAGAACGUUCGGAGAACAUUCAUAGAACAUUCAUAGAACAUUCAUAGAACAUUCAUAGAACAUUCAGAGAACAUUCAGAGAACGUUCAGAGAACAUUCAUAGAACAUUCAGAGAACGUUCGGAGAACAUUCAAAAGUAACGUUGCCAUGCAGAAUGAUAAAAUAGAAUGUUCCCUUAACGUCCACAUAACCAAGAAUGUUCAGAGAACGUUUCCGUAACGUUAUGGAAACGUUAGCCAAGCGUUCUCUGAAUGUUUCCUGCCAGAAACAUGACUUAAAAUCUGUUCAGCUCAGUGUGAAUCGAUGCACUGGUAUUUAGACGCUCAGUUUGCUCUCGGAAAAUAUGAAUAAUUAAUAUUUAUCAGAUGCUACAUAAAUUUGCCAAGGGUUCUGAUAUUUAUCCAUGCCUUACAAUGAUUCGCUGUUUAGUUUAACAAAACAAGAGGACACCACUGCUGGAUAGAGCUCAAUCGAAGCCUUCAGAGAACGUUUGUGCAGUAGGACAACACCAUCUGAAGAACCAAUGAGGAUUAGCAGGAGGGUCACGUGACUCGCGUCCCAGCAGCCCCUCAGCUUUCACUGUCCCUUCAUUGGUUUCUCUUGAUUAGUCCAUCUGAAAAUGUAAUGCUCAGCUGAUUUGAAUAAAGUCAAAGUCCAAACUUGA